AUGCCUGUAGAGAACAUGACGGUAGAAGACGAGCAGCCACUUUCUAUCGCCUACCACAGCCAGGACCCGCGUGAUUACAUCUUCUUCUGCAGUCACAGAGCUUAAGGGUGGUUUUUCACUAUCGUCCCAUGUGGACUUGUAUAUUGAGUCGGGAAGCCCCCCUUGAUUUAUAGGGGGCGCAGAGCAACUCACUCGACUCGGGAUAGCGAAAAGCUACCGCUAAAGAGCACAGCCUUUCGGCGUUUUCUCCAACUGGUUCAUCGAGAAAAAAGGCCAUACCAGUAUCACAAGAGCAGGAAGAGCAGGUGGAUCAUCGUCCUCAUCGAGCAGCCGAGAUGAAGAUGUUGAACAUAUUACUGUUGAUGGCAUCGUCAACCAAAGCCAGACCAGUCCUCCUCAUUACUGUUGUGUGGAACAGGAGAUGAUGUAUGAGAAGGCACUCUUAUUCAACGACCAGGAAACGGCGGAUAAAAUCUUGAAGGAGAAAGACCCUGGGAAGGUCAAGCAGCUGGGACGUGAGGUUCGCAACUACGACGACGAAAUUUGGUGUCAAAAACGCUAUGGUGUCGUUCUUCGCGCUGUGCGUGCGAAAUUUUUCCAGGAUUCAGAGUUGGCGACUAUCCUGCGCAAAAGCGGCAAAAAGAUAAUCGUGGAAGCGGCAUGGUACGAUAAGGUAUGGGGCGUCGGCUUUUCCGAAUAUGGCGACGGGACGAAUGACAAGCGCGGUAUUAAGUGGCAAGGAGUGGAGGAUAAAUUUGAUGUUGGACCAACGGAAUGGUCAGGCACGAAUUUGCUAGGGAGAGCGCUGAUGCAAGUACGAGAGGAAGUGUUUCGUCUUCCUUCUACAACUGGUACUGGAGGUACUAGAUCUGGAACUGCAGGGGCACACUCACGUAAAACGAAACAGCAAGAAGGCGCACUAGUUGAAGAAGAUCAUGAUGUUCCCUCUGCGAAGAAAAAAAACAUAAACAAGAAAUGGAGCAAUAAAAAGAACGCAAGAUGAGUAGGCGUCGGUAGCAAGUAGACUGUCAGUAGGUUCUUGUGAACAUCAUGAUGUAGUAUUAUUCUUAUUCUUGGUAUCUACUGAAUGUUGAAUCGUCGGGCAAUGAUCACGUUCGACUGCUUACCAAAGACCAGCUCCACUUGGAGAAUCAGGAUACAAUUCACUGCGGAAUUUUAAGACCUUGACCUUAACAUUGAAUGGUUCUAGUAUUUGGUCACCUGAAUUCGAUUAAGUACAAGGAUUCUCUUCUUGUUUUCCGUAUGAUCAAAAUCAGGUUACCAAAUAGCAGAGCCAUGCAAACAUCAUGGAUGAUAAUGAAAUACGCGCCGAACAUGUAGGUGC